AUGACAGAAUACUGGGUAUCGAAAAAGCAGUAUUACUGUAAAUACUGUAGUAUCUACAUUCGAGAUGAUGCACCUUCUCGAAAACAACAUGAGACCGGAUUAAAGCACAUCGGCAAUGUCGAACGAUAUAUCAGGGAUUUAUACAAGACGGGGUCAAUGGCGAAGAAGGAAAAGGCUGAAGAAGCAGCUGAGAUGGCUAGGAUAGAAGCUGCAGCAGCAGCAGCUUACGCAAACGACAAGGCAUCCGGCUCAGCCUCACCUAGCACAUCCAAACCAUCUAUCCUCUCAUCACUCCCUUCUUCCUCCUCAGCGGCAAUAGCAGGAAGCUCGAAACCCAAAGCUGUCAAACCUACCGACAAGUAUUCUAACUACUCUACGGCCGAACAGCUGGGUUAUAAAGAGGAGAAGACAGAGUACGAGAUUCAGCAAGAGAUCAAGAAUCAGAUAGGUCAACCAUCAGCUUGGGAAACUGUUACCCUUCCCGAUCCACAGGCAGCGCAGGAGCAGGGGCAGGGGGAGAAAAGGAAAUGGACAGGGGAAGAUGAAGAGGAAGAGAAUGAAAAUUGGAAAUUCGAAUAUAACAAAACUUCCAAUAAGCAUAAAAGAGAUCCAUAUGAAGAUGAUUGGGAUCCAUCGUCGAUCAAGUCGUUGAAAGUGAAAAAGAAAGAAGAGAAGAUAAUUCUUGAUCCAAAGAAGGUAAAGGAAGAAAUGGAAAAAGUAGGAUUGAAUAGAGAUAAUUGGACGGGUAGAUUGGAAUUGAAUCCUGUCAUUGCUGCACCGAAUAAUGGGGGAAAAGAUAAAGAAGGCUUAGAAUAUGUUCAAGGGAAUGGAUGGGUCAAAAACGGUGAGGAUGAGUCAGAGGAUAAUUCACCUGUGGCCGGAAAGGACAAGGAGAAUAAUCAAAAUGGAAUCGACGUCAAGCCAGUUGUGGAAGGUAUUAAUCAGGAGAAGGAAUCGGCACUCAAAGAGUCAGAUGCAAUAAAGACAGUGGAGAGCAAAACAGCUGUAGAAGAGUCUGCACGAAGUGAAAGUGUGUUCAAGAAACGUCGUCCACCGCCAUCGUCCAGAAAGAAGUAA